GUCAUGUGUAGUCAUUUUUAUGUCAUUUUCUCUUAGUUCGGGCUUUGCAAAAAUCAUAAAAAAAUAUGUCCCAUUGGGAUUUCGAAAUUACAGUAUAUACAUCCAUUUGAGUGCUUUUUUAUUUCAUAUUUGAGUUCAUGCUUGUCAUUAGAUCAUUGUCAAGUUCUUAGAGUUAAGUUUCUCUUGUGUUUCUUUGAGUUUCAUGCUCUAUUUUUGAUUCUAGUAAGAUUUCUUCCAUUUUUUUUUUCUUUGAGUCAUGAACUUUGAGCUACCCAAACAAAUUGUCCAGAUCUAAUUUGUGUUGAAAAACAAAAGUGUAGACAAAAGUAAAAAGUCAAAGUAAAAAAAAAAAAAAGUAAAAGUACAAGCAAAAGCAAAAGUGAAAAAAAAAAAGUUACUUUGACUUGAGACUUUGACAUGAGACUUUACCAUGACACUUGGAGAUGAUACUUGGACAUAAUACCUUGACAUGACACUUGGACAUGACCCUUGGAUAUGAGACUUGGACAUGACACUUUUGACAAAAUAUUGUCUCUGCCUACAUUGCACCAUUAGCUCAGUGUUUGUAAAGAUAAGAAGUAAUAAUUCUCUAUUCUAAUUGUUUUUUGUUUUAUUCAUCUAUUCUAGUGCCUUUCUUUAGGUAAUUCUUUUGAGUGCCUAGCCUUUGUUUUUAAGCUUUAUUUUCUUGAUUGUCUUGUUCAUUACUCUUUGUUUUGUCUCAACAUAACUCCUUUUGAAGAGCUAUUGUUCAAAUUGGCCCUUGAUUUGCAUUCUCUUUGGAUUCCUACCUUUCGGAUUUGGUUUGAUAUUUGGUGUAGGAUAUUCUUUGGAGGAAAAACGAAAUUGGACAUAGUAUAUUGGGUGAUCGGAGACCUCUUUGGACCUUGAAACCUUGAGGAAGAGACAAGAAGAAAAGGAGUGAAACACUUAAGAGAGGAACACACAUUAUUUAUUUGUAUUACGCAUUUUUGAGUUGUAAAAUUGUAUUGCUUUUGGAUUUGUAACUCAUAACCUUGUUAGGUAUCUUGGGGUAGUCUGUGAUACUCAAUCCCAUAUCCUAACAAAGACUUGUAAACCAUAUUGAAAACGUUUUUAGUUGGUUAAAGUUUGAAGGUUCCAAAGUGCCUUCUAACUUUACCAUUAGGCCGCAUAGUCUAGUUUAAUUGUUGUCUUUAACUGCUUAUAAUUUAUUGUGUGUCUACUUGUGUAUCAAACCUAAUUCCAUUUGAGAAGUUUGGUGCAAGAGAACUUGAGGUAAACUUUGGCUAGGAAAGGCUUGGAUUUUAAGUGAUCCUUAGUGAUUCUCCUCUCUUUCCUGGAAGUGAACUUGAGAUUAUUUUGCCUCCUUAAAUCUCUAAAGGAAUUUACUUUUGAAAUACAAGUUUGUGUGUGCAUUACAUAUUUUGAAUUUUUUUUAAGAAUGUCUAAGGAACCUUCUUACCAAAUUGAUAGUGAUUAUAGUGAAGAGGCCCAACCAAAUUUAGAACAAAUGGCCAAGGAACUAAAAUCACUAAAACUUUGGCAAAAGCAAGAAUCCAUUUUGAAAGAAAAAGAAAGAGUUGAAAGAGAACAAUAUCUUGAAACCUUAGAAGAAGAACUUAGAGUUCUAGCCCAAAAACAAGAAAAGGUCCAAGAAGAGAUAAAGAAAAGUAGGAGUAGGAGUCACUCAAGGAGAAGUUCAAAAACUCCCACAGAAAACACAUACCCUGAACAAGAUAGUAGGACUGCUGCACAAUUCUACCAACAUCCUCCACCUAGAAGGUAUAGAAGGGAGAGUGAACAACCACCAAGAGAGAUUAGGAUAGACCUUCCUCAUUUCCAUGGGAAAGAAGAUGUUGAGGCAUACCUAGAUUGGGAAAUGAAAGUAGAACAACUUUUUGAGUGUCAUCAAAUAAUAGAGGAAAGGAAAGUUUCCCUAGCCACCUUAAGCUUUCAAGGGAAUGCCAUGUAUUGGUGGACUGCCCUAGUGAGAGAAAGAAGACUCUCCAAUUCCCCUCAAGUCCAAUAUUGGAAUGACUUGAAGAGUGCUCUAAGAAGAAGACACAUACCUUCCUACUACCAUAGAGAGCUUAUGGAUAAACUCCAAAGGCUCCAACAAAGAACCAUGAGUGUGGAAGAGUAUAGGCAAAAGAUGGAACUCUACAUGAUGAGGGCGGGAAUUAGGGAAGAAGAAGGAACCACAAUUUCUAGAUUUCUAAGUGGUCUUAAUCUUGAUAUUAGAGAUAGAGUGGAAUUGUUGCCCUAUCAAGAUCUUAAUGAUUUGGUACAAAUUUGCAUAAAGGUAGAGCAACAACAUUUGAGAAAAGGUUUGAAAAUUGACCACUCAAACUCAUAUGUUAAGAAAGACUACAAGAGGGACGGAAAACAAGUGAGAAGAGAGGAACCCCCU